CUCAAAGUAAAAGUCCUGAGUCAGGUCGUAUUUCUAAGCACCAGAACUCGGUCCACAAACCCUAGACAGUGCCGAGCCAUGCAACACCAACUCCCUUCCCCCUGCCAAGGUCAUGGUCGCCACCACAACCACCACCACCACCACAUUCCUCUCUUCGUCCUUUGCCCUUGCGCUUGCCAUCAACGUCACCAUCAGCAUCACCAGUUACCUUCACUGAGUUCUCCCUUCCUUCCCAGGCCUUCAUCCAUUGCAUGUUCUACUUUGCCUCACCUUUUACCAAAUGAAUCCUCUCCACGUCCCCUCCAUGACCAUUUCUCCCAAAGGCAUGUCCGUACCCAUAGCUCGAGAAUGGCGGAUGAGGCCAAAGUUGCGGAAUUUUCUGCUGCCGAGUCUGAAGAGCAAGAAUUGAAUGAGGACCGAGUAGAUGAUGAUUGUGGUGGUCGUGGUGGUGAUGAUGAUGAUGAAGAAGAAGUGGUUUUUGUAUUGACGGAGGAAUGGAGGGAAUUUUUUGCAAAAUCCGAGGCUAAACGAAAAUUGGCUAAACAGCAGAAGUCUGGGACGUGAUUGCAGCAUUCACUAUUUACAAUGUGCUAUCUUCCUCGCCUCAUGUUUUGCUUACAAGAGUUAUCCAAGUGUCAUGCUAACUGAAUCAUAAAAAUCUCACAUUUGAAAGCAGUCGCUUUGUGAUUCUUAUGGCAUAGAGGCGCUGCUAGUUUUGAUUACAUGCUGUACACAAUCUAUUUGGUGCAUGGUCCUCACCUGAUGAACGUUCUUACAUUUGCUUGAUAUUUGCAUUUUGGAGUUAUCUGUA